AUGGACACGUCAAGUCCGUUGGGGUCGGGCGGGUACGGCGCCGUGUACAAGGGCACGUACAAAGGCCAGACCGUCGCCAUCAAGACGGCUGCCAACGCCUCGUGUGGCCGAGCGCUUCUAUACGAGAUGGAGACCAUGCAACUGUGCAACUCGCCGUACGUGCUGCAGCUGCUCGCGGUCUCGGGCGCCAACACAUCGAGUCCCAAGCUCGUACUCGAGUACAUGGACGGCGGCGACCUGCGCGGCUACCUUGACGCCAAGCGCCGAGGUGAGCCCACCAAGGUCGAUGUCUCGUCCCUUGAAGUGGCGUGGGUGCUGGCGAAUGCCCUCGCCGAUAUGCACCACAACGGUCUCCUCCACCGCGACCUCAAGAGCCAGAACGUCCUCCUUUCCUCGACUAACUACAUCAAGCUCGCCGACCUCGGUAUUGCGCGCGAAUACGAGUCCAACAUGACGACCGCCAAGGGUACACCGUACUGGACAGCGCCGGAAGUCUUCACGUCGGACAGCAAGUACAGCUUUGCCGCCGACAUUUACUCGUUUGGCGUCAUCUUGACCGAGCUCGACACGCUUCAGCUGCCUUUUCACGACGCCAAGGGCCUUGGGUACUGGGGCAUCAUCGACCAAGUGCGUCUCGGCAACCUCCGUCCGACAAUGAGGGCCAACUGUCCGCCUUGGCUGCGUGACCUCGCCGACUCGUGUCUGUCGUUUGACCCGACGCAGCGUCCGCCGGCGCAGAUACUCGUGACCUCCCUCCAAAAGCUGCUUGUCGACGAAGCGUUGGCGAGAGAGCGAGACACCGAGCCAUUGGACCGCGAGAUGCAAUCCAACUCCCGGGAGCCUCCAACGGCCCCACAAGCUACAAAGUCGCACGAGCUCGACCCUCCGCGACGCCUCAGCGACGACCACAUCCUCGUCCACCGCGUCUCGGACGUCGACGGGCACGACGACGUCCUCGUCAUGGUCCAACUCGAGGCUCGUGAGCACCCGCGUCGUGUGCCAGCUCUGCCGCGCCUCCAACUCUCUGCUCGAGUCGCACUGCGAGGCCUGUAA